AUGACAGCAUCAUCUUUGGAGAAUGAUCUUGGCGUGGCGAUAUUGACGAAGAACGAGUCAGCUGUGAAAUCGUUGAUCUGCAAUGGAGUUGAUGUCAAUAGAACCGACUCUGUUGGUAGUUUGCCACUACAUUACGCUGCUUACGUUGGUGACACCACGAUGAUGCUGAUGCUUAUCGACUCUGGUGCCGACCUGAAUGCUCAGGAUAUGCUAGGCCUGACGCCUCUACAUCGUGCCAUUGCCGCGUUGCGUUAUGACGUGGCAGAGCUCCUGAUAAACAAAGGAUGCGAUACUACACUUCAAUGUAAAAUUCAUCAAACACCCCUUCACAUAUGUGCUAUACACAAUGUUCCCAAUGUUGCAACACUGUUGCUACGUAAUCGAUAUAUCAUGUUAGAUAGUGCAGACUCUCGCGGAUGCACAGCUUUACAUCAUGCGGCCUACCAUGGCCAUGUGGAGAUUGCGGAGUUGCUAUUGAAAGCUGGGAUCAACAUGGCUGCUACUGACAAACUGGGCCGUACUGCCAUGCAUUCGAUGGCAUGUGGAGGCAACCUUGGAAUGUUAGCUGUGUUACGUGAAGCAGGCGCUUCGAUUGCUGUUUGUGAUUUUCAUGGUCGAACUGUAGCUCAUUAUGCUGCUAUGGCAUCGCAAACGGAGAUGCUAGAGGCUCUGCUGAGAAUUGAUAAAAAUUUCCUUGAUGCCAGAGAUAAUGACGGGUAUACUCCUCUGCAUUAUGCUGUACAAAAUGGGCAGAAUGUGAAGACCAUAGAUCUUUUGGUGCAAAGUGGUUGUGAUGUUGCUGCUGCUGCAUGUGAUGGUACAACACCGCUACAUGUCGCGGCUUCUCUAGCCGAAUCUGCGAAACCGAUAGAAUACCUGAUAAAUUGUAAGGGCAUUGACCUCAAUGCGAAGAACGCCGAUGGAAUGACACCGCUCCAUUUGGCUAGUGAAUGGACAAAAGUUUCACGAGUGGACACACUCAUUCAAGGUGCAACUAAUUGGAAGUCGAAAGGAGUUGCACGAACAUUGUAUGCAUCCGAAAAAUGCUAUUAUUUCAAAAAUCAUAUAAGAUUGGACUAA